GUGUGCACUGUGAGUUUUAAAUAAAAUUGUGUGGAAAACAAGAAAAACAAACUUUAAAAUUCAUUAAAAUAAACUAAACAGUGAGAUUCACGUCUUCGAGUCAGUUGGCAGCGCGAAAAGGCGCUUGUGGAACGUGUGGAUUUUGUGGAAACCGACGAGCGCUUUCUUGGGCUUGGCUGUUGCGAGUGGCAGCACUUGCUUCAAGUUGCAAGUCAGUGAGAGAAAGAAAAAAAAAGAACGGAAAUAAAAAAUAUACAAAGAAUUCAUUUAGUUGCUUUCAACUAAAUUAAAUUAAUAUUUGCACCCAUGGCCCCAUCGUCUGCCCAUCCGCCGGAGCGUCAUUUUGGCUAUGUCUGCUGCAAGUGUCAGACGGCAGCUUUUGCUGGACGUCGUUAUGCCUGCUGGAUGUGCAUUGGCUAUCAGCUCUGUGGCAGCUGCUACGAUUCUGGCCAAUUGCCCGAGGCGCCGGAGCACAAGUACUUUCAUCCCAUGGAGGCACACUAUACACGCGCCGAAUAUGAGCUCUAUUUUGGCGGCGAAUCCUAUGUGGAGGCCAAUGUGCCGCAGAGCUAUAAAUGCGCCCUCUGCGAUUUGUAUGGAUUUACCAGCAUGCAGCUCUAUAAGCACUUAUCCGAUAUGCAUCGCGGUCAUAAGGAUUUCGAUGAAUACUUUAGCAUACUCUAUACACGCUAUGCUGCCGAUGCUUCGGCGGCGACUGGACGUCUGACUGCCAGCAGUUCGGGUUCCGGUUCGGUGUCAGGUUCGGGCACCAUUUCGCGUUCUGCCAUUGCAUCCGCAUCUGCCUUUCUGAGACAUGUGCCCAGCUUGCCGCGACCUGUGCUGCCCGUGGUCUCGCAGCAACGCGCUGCCUUGGAUCCGGCUGUCAGUUUUCGUGAGGCGGUGCGGAUGACACAGGCGCGUCGUGCUGCUCUCUUGGAGCAGCAGGCGCUCAAUGUGUUGGAGGAGCUGCGCUGGAGCAAUACAAAUCCGAGAUAUUACUCUAGCCACUGCAUGAACGUGCUGAUGCGGCCCCAAGAGCAGGGCCAGCAGCAGCAGCAGCAGGGACAACAGCAGCAGCAGCAGGCGGCACAUCAUUCUCAGCAGCAGCCGGUGCCGCCGCCUGCGCGGCCCGAUGUGAGUGUGUUGGAUGCCCGAGGCAUGCGUAGUCCGAAAGUGAGUCGCAUACGCAGCAUGCCGCCAGCUGUGCGUCUGGGCACCUUGUUUCCCAAACCGAAUAACCAAUUGCCCAGACGUGCCGCCGAGGAUGAUUGGGUCUCGUAUUUGGCCCAGUCCUCAACGCUAUUGGAGCAGCAGCAUCAGCAGCAUCGGGCCGAACGUCUGUUGACCAGCUAUGCGGAUAUAUUGCGCGAGGCGCCAGGCGAAGUACGUUACCAGGAGAAGGAUAAAGGUAAGGAUAAGGACAAAAGCAAGACCAAGCAGGGCAAGGAUAAGGCAGGCGCUGACAAAUCGGAUCUGCACAAAUUUCUAUGCCUUAAGUUUGUGCCCCUGGAGAAGACCCAACGUAAGCUGCCACCAGAGUCGCAUCGUGUGCUCUUUAUCGAGGCCCUGCUGUGCUCCAUGCUGGCCGAUGAGCAGCUCAUGCCGGUCACACUGCAGCCAGCCGCAAUUCCCAAAUUGACAAAUGCCCUUCGCAAGCCCAAGCCCAAAAAGGAACCUUUGGACGAGCCCAGCAGCAGCGCCAACUCUCCGGCCGGCAUUAUGGAGCGCUUCUACAAGAACCUCGAUCUCUAUAAUAAAUGGUUGGCCGAGUUUUCGAUUACAAAACUGGAGAAUAACACAAAGAUUGCAGCAAUACCGGAUAUGAUCUUGCAGGCGACACACGAUCCUGUGCUCGGCGUCGACUCCGACAUGGAUCCGGACACCGAUGAGCGGGACGAGGAGGAUGAGCUAACAAUUGUUGGGCCAGCAACCAAAGCAGAGAGCGGGCCCAAAGUUGUCACUGUCAACGUAGUCGACGAGUUAUCCGAAUGUGAUGCUGAGGAGGAGCACGAGGAGGAAACUGGCGAGGGUGAGGGCGAUGCCGAGGAAGUGGAGGAUGAGGAUGAGGACGAUUACGACGAUAAUUCUGGCUCAGAGACCUCCGACUCAACCAUUGCCAUGCUCGUCAAUGAAAUUGAUCAGGUUUAUGGCUACUAAAGAUCCAUAAAAUGAAGGAAAUGAAGGAAUAUAGAUUUAUAUACAAUAUACUUAAUAAUAAA